AUGUCUGAAUUAUACACACACACCCUUGAUGAGCAAAAGUAUCUUGAAUCUGAAGGGUAUAUUUAUGAAUGUAUAUGGGAAUGUGAUUUCAAACAGAAAUUAGAAUCGAAUCCUAUCAUGAAAAAGUACACCGAAUCUUUGGAAAUUGUGUCGCCCUUAGAACCUAGAGAUGCAUUCCAUGGUGGACGUACUGAAGCAUUUAAAAUGUUUGCAGAGUCCACGGCUAAUACUCAGAUUAAGUACUUCGAUGUUACAUCUCUUUAUCCCUACAUCAAUAAAACAGGGAAAAUACCCUUAGGCCAUUCAAAUAUAAUCACUGAACAUUUUGAGAACGUAAAUAAAUAUGAAGGGUUAAUUGAAUGCAAACUUCUACCUCCAAGAAAACUCUACAUUCCUGUUCUUCCAACUAAAUGCAACGGUAAGCUUAUGUUCACUCUAUGUCGCACCUGCAGUGAAACAUAUGAAAAUGGAGAAUGUCACCAUGGCAACGAUGAAAGGGCUAUUACAGGCACUUGGGUCACUGAUGAAGUUAAGAUGGCUACACAAGGUCACAAGAAAGUUAAACAGGAAGCCAGUGGUUUGCCAGACUGGUGUGAAAAUGAAAAAGACAAACAAUUGUAUAUUAAGCAGUAUUUUGAAAAAGAAGGUAUUUUACUGGAUUAUGAUAAGAUUGAAGAAAAUCCUGGUCUGAGACUUUUAGCUAAAAUUAUUCUUAACUCUUUCUGGGGGAAAUUUGGACAACGUUCCAAUCUAACGCAAACAACCUUUAUUGACGAUCCAGCUCAAUUUGUUGAUAUGAUGACAUCUGACCAACAAGAAAUCAAGAACGUACGUUUUAUAAAUGAUGAAGCAGUCCAAUUAGACUGGGCAUAUAAUACUGAUUUCAUAGAAACUUCAGGUAGAACCAAUGUUGUUGUGGCUGCAUACACAACAGCUCAAGCCCGUUUAAAAUUGUACAGUUAUCUACAACCAUUAGUUGAAAGAGUUUUGCAUUGUGAUACCGAUUCUGUUGUGUUCACCUCUGCACAAGGUGAAUGGGAUCCCCCAUUGGGUGACUUCCUGGGAGAUUUAACGGAUGAAGUUCCAAACAAUCAAAUAACUAGAAUGAUCACUGGGGGGCCUAAGAACUACGCAUAUUAUUUAGAAAAACAAAAACAAAAAAGGUCAAUCUUCAAUUUAUAA